UCCUGGAGCUGCCAGCCAUUGCGGAAAAAAACAAAGUAGGCUACCCCAUGGAAGACGAUAAGUUGUGAGUCGCCGUCUUACGGAUCGAUCAUGGAGCUUGUUUGAGAAGCACGAUUGGUAUAUUUUGUAGUCGCUAAUGUAAUUAAUGUUUUGUCCCAAUGACACGGGCGACUGAGUUUAUGAGGGACAAAAGUCUGCUGUUGGACUACUUCAUCCCUAGGCUGUAGCAGGCUACCUACCUACGUUAGCUUACCAGGCCAACAAGGCCUAGCGCAGUUAGCUCUGAAAUUCAGUGCUCAUUGACUUCUUUGAAUGUUGAAGACUUUAUUUUUUAUUUGUAGUACAGGCUCACCUGGUCAGUCUGUCCGGUGCACUGUACCACACGUCUAACGUCUAUAUACGCGUAUCGCCAAUUAACAGUAGCGUUGAAGUUAUUUUGUUUGACAGACCAUAGCCGCUAGCUGAAAGGUAUAGCCUUGUAGAGGUUGCCUUGCGAAGUUAUUUACUUGUUUACCAGGAAGAACUGGUUGAGAAUGUGUAGUUCAUUGUAAUAUGUGCAAAUGCACACGUUUCCUUUUAUAGUUUUAGAGUAAUCAAUCGCAGGUUUUAAUGAAUAGCUAGCGUUAGCAGCUAGCAAUGUCUGUUCCUUCUGCCGAUAUGAUCGAAACACCACCUGGAUGUGGAUAUCCAUUCGAAGAAAUCGAGUAUGCAGAUAUUGAAGUCGAAGAGGUGGUGGGUAGAGGUGCCUUCGGUGUCGUUUGUAAAGCCAAAUGGAGAGGCAAAGACGUCGCAAUCAAAACAAUAGAGAGUGAAUCUGAAAGGAAAGCUUUUCAAGUAGAGCUGCGCCAACUCUCUCGCGUGAACCAUCCCAACAUUGUGAAGUUGUAUGGCUCAUGCGAUAACCCAGUAUGCCUGGUGAUGGAAUAUGCCGAGGGUGGUUCUCUGUACAAUGUGCUGCAUGGUGCCGAGCCCCUUCCCCAUUACACGGCGGCCCACGCUAUGAGCUGGUGUCUACAGUGCUCCCAGGGCGUCUCCUAUCUCCACGGCAUGAAACCAAAGGCUCUCAUUCACAGGGACCUCAAGCCACCCAAUCUCCUGCUGGUGGCUCAUGGCACGGUGCUGAAGAUAUGCGACUUUGGAACGGCGUGUGACAUUCAGACGCACAUGACCAACAACAAAGGCAGUGCGGCAUGGAUGGCCCCCGAAGUGUUUGAAGGGAGCAAUUACAGUGAGAAGUGUGACGUGUUCAGCUGGGGAAUCAUCCUCUGGGAGGUGAUCACGCGCCGAAAGCCUUUUGAUGAGAUUGGAGGCCCAGCCUUCCGCAUCAUGUGGGCUGUGCAUAACGGCACGCGUCCGCCUCUCAUCAAGAACCUUCCCAAGCCUAUUGAGAGCCUGAUGACUCGCUGCUGGUCCAAAGACCCAUCACAAAGGCCCUCCAUGGAGGAGAUAGUGAAGAUCAUGACCCACCUCAUGAAGUACUUUCCCAGAGCAGAUGAGCCCCUAUCGUACCCGUACCAGUAUUCAGAAGAUGGACAGAGCUCCGCCCCCAGCACAGGAGGAUCCUACUCUGACUACACCUGCACCGGCAACAAGAGCGACAGCAACAUGGAGCACAGCAACUCCCCCGGGAGCAACGACACCAUCAAGAGUUACACAAAGAUACCGGUAGCCUUCAAACCAAAGCCGAGCCUGCCAAGCCUCUCCAGAGGGGGCAGUGUGGAGAGCCUCCCGGGCAGAACGACGUUGACCUCCUCGGACAAGCGGAGGAGUGCCGACCUCACAGAGAACGCCUUCGCUCCUUCGCCAGCACGCCCCCAGUAUAAACGAGGUCACCGUAAAACGGCGUCGUUUGGCACCAUUCUCGACGUCCCCAAGAUCGUCGUCACAGCAACCUGUGAGCCACAGAGACGCAGAUCCGUCCAGGAUCUCCCCGGCGAGACUCGCGAGGGAAGCAGAAACAGCAGCAGGUCCUCCAGCCCCAGUGUGAGGAUCACUCCAGACAAGACAGAUACCAACGGCUCCGACAACUCCAUUCCCAUGGCAUAUCUGACUCUCGACCACCAGCUACAGCCUCUGGCUCCAUGCCCCAACUCUAAAGAGUCCAUGGCUGUGUUCGAGCAGCACUGCAAGAUGGCUCAGGAGUACCUGAAAGUCCAAACGGAAAUUGCCUUGCUGAUCCAAAGGAAGAAAGAGCUGAUCGCGGAGCUGGACCAGGACGAGAAGGACCAGCAGAACACGUCUCGGCUGGUGCAGGAGCACAAGAAGCUGCUGGAGGAGAACAAGUCCCUCUCCACCUACUACCAGAAGUGCAAGAAGCAACUGGAGCUCAUACGCGCACAGCAGCAGAAGAGACAGGGGACGUCCUGAUGUUAAGAAAAGACCCCCCAAGUCGCAUCCAGGCCAAUCAUAUCAUGCAGGCUCCAACAACAACAACAACAUCCAGCACACACACACACACACGCACAUGCGCAAACGCACACACCCUGCAGAAGAGGAGGCAGGGGACACCCUGAUGUUAAGAACCCCCCAAUCCAGUCCAAUCAUGCAAGCUCCAACAACACGCGCACACACACACACACACACACACACAGCAGAAGAAGAAGCACGUCCUGUACUGUCCUGUACUGUACUGUACUGUAGGCCCACAACAACACCUCGGCCCGACCUCCUGUCCUCAUCAACUUCAUCAUGCUUAAAACCAUCAUGCAAGCUCCAACGCACAGGCGCGCACACACAUGCACGCACGCACACAACACCGCAGAAGUGGCAGAGCACGUCCUGAUGUUCCUGUUCUAUGUAGUAGAGCACCCAACUCAGACUCAGAGUCUCCCUCAAGUUCAGGUUAAUGCCAAAAACUCCAAUACACACACACACACACACACACACACACACACACACACACACACACUCCCACAAUCCCACACGCACUACAUGGAAUUGGAUUUCGUUACAGUGACUGACGUCUGUCUUUGCCUGCCCUUAUGCAAAGCAGUGGGACUGCUACAUCCUCCAUCCUCCACUGUACAUUUUAAAGCAAACCAGCGUCUACGCAUGCUACCAUGUACACACCAUCAAGUCUCCAGGGGUCGGAGCAUGUCAGUGGAGCUGGAGUCAGGGAAGAGAAGGGAAGGUAGGCGAAAAGCUUCCCCUCAGAAAGAUGUUUGUCAUCACUUUCAUUGAGAUGUCUGUCCAAAGUUCCCCUAGACCAAAAGUUUCGGCGACAGGCAUGCGUGUGUGUAUGUGCGUUUGCUUGUGUGAGUCGUGUGUGCGUGCGUGUAGUGUAGACUGAUGCUGGGUUAAUGGGUUAUCUCCAGAGAGUUAGGCAUGUAUCCUCGCUCUUUCUGCUUCUGAGUACGUACAUCUGAAUACUGAGUAGGACGCUGCCUGUUAUGAAUGGUAGUACAUCCAUAUACUUUGUACAAGAGACAUGUGAAAGGUCCAGUGUGGUACCGUUUAUUUCCUAAAUGUAUACUCCCCAUUCACAAAUGUUUUAUUUUGCAUGAAUAUUUACAUAAAUGUAAUAUUUACUGGUCUGGCUAGAGUACAUUUUGCAGCCAAGAAUGCCCAUGGCUGGUAAUGCAAAAAUGGCACAGUGCAUGGAAAGGGUCCACCUAUUUAUGAAUGGAAAGUGGAAAUCUCUAUGACAUAAUGGAUACUCACAAAUUGAUGUUGCUAGCAAAUAUUCAUUAAAAAAGAUGACCUUUGUGAAUGGGCAGCAUCCACUUUGGAAAGAAACUACCGAAAAAAAAUGACAUGGUGUACCUCCUACGCGUCCCAGACCCGACACUACUACCACCAGACUAGUCCUCCUCUAUAGUUUUGCAGUAUGUCCAAGUGCUGCCUCACUAUAGGCCUCAUGAAUGUGAAAAAAGAGAGAUGAACUCUGAUGUCAAACGGUGGAGAUAAAUAAUGAAUGACAUUUUUAUUUCAGCAGUUUAAAUCUACUUUUUUAUGACUCCAAAUGCCAAAAAAAAACGACAUUUUAAGAUUUUGUAAACAAAAGUGUAUCCAUCACCCUCCACCCCCAACCCGCCCCCCCAAAAAAGUAUUGACUUUUGCUUGUUCUGUGUGUUACAGGAUUCAUUUUAGUAACAUAUUGCACAUCACUUGUAGGUUAAUUUGCGAAAGAAAUGGUAAGAUGUUGACUGGUAAGAUAUUGACUUGGUCUGUUGUCAUAAAAUGAUGCAAUAUUUAUAACCAGCUUUUAAUUUUCAUUUUAUUAUGUAUUUGCCGCUGUCUAGAGGUGGUUGUUGAGUGGAUUGUUGCAUAUUGUACUUGCUUAAAAGAAAACUACAUUUUUGUUGCCCUCAACAUGAUAAAUCAGUAUUCUUAUUUUAGUUUUUUUUUUAAACCCAUAGUAUGAAUUUGUAUAAUAAUUUAAAUACUUUUCACAUUUCCAUAGCGCGUUGUUGGACAUGGACUGGGCUGUUAAAUCAUGUAACAUCUCGUCCCACCCUCAUUCAAGUUUUAUUUUUAAGUUGUCCCUUUAUUCAAUUUUCUUUUUUUUUGGUCACGGAUUGCCUUAAAUUCCUCAUAUUAUGUGACAUGUUGCUUUAACAGAUUAUUCAUUUACAUUUCAUAGAACAUAAUUCAUAUUCACAUCGCUUUGAUCAAGCAACAAUGACAGAAUAUGAAAGGUUAGUUUACCUUCUCUAGAGCCCAUCAGCACACUGCAAAAAAUGUAGAAGACACAGCUACACUGUAAAAACUGGAGUUUGCAACUGGGGGAAACCUAUAGCUGACAAAUUAUUUCUUGGAAGAACCCCUGGGUACCACAGACUUUUUACAGGUACAUCCCCACAUCCCCAAGUAAAAGAUUGUCAACGAACCUUUUGGGUUCUUGGGUUCCUUGAGGAACCUUCAAGAAAACCCUGGAGUUCUUCCCAGUUCUCAAAAACUUUCAGGGCUUCCCCCUCAAUCGCAUACUUAAGGUUCUUUGAGAAGCUUUUUUCUUUCUUUUUUUUUUUUUACAGUGGAUGGUUGGCCCUCCUAAUGCAGCUAGGGGGUGUUCAUAUCAGGUUGUAAAGUCCCUAACCCAGAUUUAGUUAAAACUCGGGCUAAGUGGUAAAUUAAGUAAUUAAAUAAUUCGGUGUGGCUUUGCUUCAUUGUCUUGAAUGAAAGCCAACUUUUUUGUUUUUCAAUUACAAGCUAUACCACUGGCUUUGAGUCUACGCAUCCAAGUAAGUUACAUACUCCCACUUCUGGAAGCCCCUCGCGAAUUGCCUUUUGGCAUUGUUAUGCCGUUUGUGUUACUUGUCUGUAUGUGAAGAGGUUGUUUGCCAGACGGGACAUCACCCAUCCCCUCUUGCGCAUCCCCUCGCUCCCUCCCUCUCCUUCAGUUUUGCACAAUCAAAGGGUUGUCCUUAACAAAAGGUCAGGAUUGUUUAUCUUUUUGAAAAGCUCACGUGGGGUUUGAUGGGAAGUUUUUGAAGAUGUUGUUAACGGCACAGCUGGAGCAAGUGGGUUUUCCUCCCAAUAUUAUUCUUUCACAUGUUGAGUAACUUUACUGUAUAUAGCUAAGAAAUCUGAUUUCUUAUGAUGAUGAUGGGUAAAAGAUUCUGUAAACUAAGAUGACAUCAUGCAAUAAACAUGGAACAGAUGGAUAUUCCCUUUCAUUGAA